AUGAUUAUAAACAUUAUUAAAAUGUUUAAAAAGACACUUUACAUAGAGUUUUACAUUGUAAAACUCGUUUUUGAUUGUGUUUUUAGAAAUACACUAUAUAUUAUUAGUGAAAAGUUAAAGAAAUUUUUUUUGUUUUUAUUUGCAAUUUUUAUACUAUACACUGUUUUAAGAUUAUCAAAACCCAAUUAUUAUUUUAGAAAUAUUUUUUUUGUAUAUUUUAAGUAG